AUAACAAACAAACUUUUAGACUGUGAAAACCACCUAUCGUUUAUAUUUUGACAAAAAAGAUCACAACGUGUUUCAAUUGUAGAUAAAUUGUUGAACUGUCUUUUAGCUUUCACCCUUUAAAAACUCAAUCAUUUAUUACGGCAUAAGAUGUACUGUGUUAUUCACUCUGUUUUGACAUUUAACACUAUCCUUGCGUGGACUGGAGGGAGGGGGGUUAGGAAAUCCAUGAUGGCCGCCCAUUUUCUUACUCUUCCUCUUCAUUUCCCGCGAAUUCUACACUCUACAGGGUGUUGCAGUGUGAUCACAGUUUUGACGCGGUGCAGAUGUCUGCUUUGGGUUUUGGUGGCAUUUGUGUUAAGUGUUUCUUUAACCUACAGAGUUGAACUUUAUAUACUCUCACGUCAUCACUCGUUUUGCUGUUCAGCUUUCAUUUUACUAACCGAUAAAAUGUUCUCAACAUUCAGUGCUCAUUGUUUGGCGCCAACUGCACAAGACGGCUAUUCAGUAGCUGUUUAAAAUUGCCACGAUCGAAAUUCCUACCUCUCCACUGAAGGGUUUACAGACAUCACAUUUUAUCAUUGCUGUUAGAUACGUCUGUAAAAAGAUGGAAAUUCGUGGGAUAUUGCUUCGUGCAUUCGUCCACAAGUGUUAUUAAUUUGGUUCAGUAAAAACAAGAAACGACUUCCAUUACACAACACUGCAGCGACUGCAUCUUGGACACUGCUGCUUUGAAUCAACGCAUUUCAAACCCCGUGCUCAUUUGUCGUGUCGUGGUGCUUAGCAGAUCCCAGAUCCACAAGAGAUUCGGAGGACAUCUUAAAAAAAUCAAUUCCCGUUACGCCAAGGGAAUACGCACCAAGGGAAUACGCCUGCCUAGGAUCUGAUCGUUUUAUAUCUGAACAUCAAAGAAUUGCUAACUAAUUUGACUAAACUAACACUGACCGAUUUAGCAGAUGCAUCUGACAACAUUCAGUGCGAAUUCUGUGACGGCUAUUAUCUUUUUUCGGUAAUUAUAUUCGCGGCUUUUUUCUUUUUUUUUUUCAAUCGACAGCUGUCGUAUCGAGUUCCAUCGUGGACUAGUGCACAUAAACCUGUUGAUAUGUUCUAUAUAAGUACCACACGCUAACCGACUACGCCAUCGGACAUGAUGGAAUUAUUCAUUAAUUUUUAUUUUCUCGUUUAAUGGUUGCAACCGGUUUCCGCGGAUGCUAGCGAUGCUAGCCAAAUCUCACGAACGCAUCUUCAAUGCACGACUUCUUUCCCAAGCAACGAUUAAAAAGAGUAAAAAAGAAUAAAUUCCCGCAAAUUAUUCAAACAUCAGAUUGUAUAACCGUACGGAAAUCUUCCUUUUUGAUGACUUGUCCCAUUAUUUUGUUGAAAACAGGGCCACACCCACACAGCAUAGUUGUUUUGUGCUUAGUCUUGCAAUUGACCUUAAAAGUACAUUCAAGAUUUCUUUUUGUAAUGGCAAUUUCAAUUGAAAACGCUAUUUGUUGGUUUUUGCUUUCUUGGCGAACAUUCAUGAUAUUAGGGAUCGUAUUGAUUUUGGCGCUACAUCAGUGGUGUAUCCGAACGAAGUUUUAUCUCUUUUUCCUCUACUGUUAUUGGGUUGCCAUCGACAUUUUUCACAGUAAAGAAAUUAAGACUAGGACGACAAGUUGUGUUCCUUAUCUAGUCUAAUUCAUCUUUUCUUUCAUGUUUUUUUUUUAUUAUUUAUUUUUUAAAUGGAAGCGACAAGAAACUUGGCAUUCAUUUGCAUUAAACUGACAAGGUCGAUGUGAAUCCAGUCAAGUGACAGGCAAACAAAUUCGUGUUCUUGCUAUGGGCAUUAUCAGUCAGCAACCAGUUCCUCCCGAGGCCAGUGUUGCGAAGUUUUAUGACCUGUGAUUAGGUAAAUAGAUAACAGAUGCAACGUAAAAAGUCCAUUCGUUAGAAAAAGCCAAAAUUUCGUUGAUCGGAGAAAUUCUAGGUCGAUUUCUGUUUCACCAUUUGCAUCGGUUGCUACAGGCCGAGCACCUUUAUUAGGCAAACUACAGUAUAAAAGAUUUUAUGUCCGUAAAUGAACACGUCCAUUGAACAUGGAUUCCAAACUGAUGUGGCGGAAGUUGAUCGUUUUUUUCCACCUGUCGUUGGUUACAUUCGUGUAUUCUACAAGGCGUGUGUCAAGGAAUGCGUGCGUUAAAUGGGCAAAGGCAAUGGCAAAAGUUUCAGGUUCAUUAUUUGGUAGUUAUUGACUAUAAUUUAUCUAAUUUCUAAUCCGCACUUCAUCCAUGGCGUCAGUCCACUAUGUACAGUACGUUUGCUAAUUUAUGCCAUGCAUUCUCAUUUUUACAGUUUCUUGAGCAUCUCGACAAAAUCAUCUAAAUUUUAAUUGAUUUAGUUUCAACAGUGCUCAGGAAAGCGAGGUCCAAAUUAAGAGCAUCGAAGGUCAACAACAUGCGAAUUGCAUUCCGCUCACGGUGAAGAUGGAGGGAAAUGAACAAAUAGUGACAAAUCAAGAUCACACGUGGACUUCAAAAUGUGACGAACCGAAGUUAAGAACAGUCUGACUGCAUGAUGGCCAUCGCACAUACCUUUCGUGUGUCAUCGCGAAUCAACAACUUUUUGAUUGUUACAGGUAUUUGUUUUUCCUUCGAUGAUUUCAAAAGGCGGUGGCUCAAUUUUAACACAGUUUACGGAGAUAUGAACAAUAAGGGUGCGGUCCCGUGGGACAUCUUGAGCGUCCUGAAUCCCGCAAUAAAAAGGAAGCCCAGCUCGACAGUGAAUCACAAGUGUCGUCGAAGCUGAAGCAACACAACCUUCUGAAAGAACCAAGGAGAAUGUUGGGCAAUCAAAAAGGUUCUUCAAAAAUGAUCGUUUUAUUAGCGAUCGUGACUCUGCUGAGCUUCUGCAGCCCGGCGUCGAGUUUCGCCUUCCUGCCUCGCGUCUCCCGUACAGACGACGCCGUCAUCAUCGAUUUUGACGGUGUAGGAUAUGCUCCCUCUUAUCAAGGGCUGUACGACCAAAUUGAUGAUCCUAGAUUCGUGCUGCUGCCAUCCUUCUAUCCUGUCCCAAUGACGUAUCGCCAGCAGGAGGAGACGCCCAACGGAUGGAUCUAUUCGUAUGGUUAUUCUACUCCCCUUAGACUUGAAGAUGUUUUGCCCGUCAGGCAAUCACCAGCGACUCAGUGUGGCACUGGACCGGUCAUGCCCGCUAGACGAGAAUUGACAAGCGAAAGGAUCGCUGGCGGAACCUCAGCCAAAAAGAAUGCUUGGCCUUUCAUUGUAGCUCUGAAGAAAAGUGAUGAUUCCUUAUUUUGCAGCGGAACUUUGAUUAGUGACACGCGAGUUUUAUUGGCGGCCCAGUGCCUGGAAAAAAUGUCUCUGUUUGAGCUUUCUGGUGUGACUGUAUUGGUUGGGAUGUUUUUGACCGACCAAUCCGACGUCCAAAUGACAAGGAGGAUCAGCAAACUGUUCCUUCACAGGCAAUUCAAUGCUGCCACCUAUGCCAAUGAUAUCGCCAUUAUUGUAAUGGACGCGCCCGUGGUUCUUUCCAGGAGUGUUGCACCUGCUUGUUUGCCAGUGGCCAGUACCGACCCCGACCAAUUUGUCGACCAGGAUGCCGUUAUUUUGGGAUGGGGAGGAGGAACUGUUGAUGCUUCUUUGACUGAAAUAAUCACACCAUACGUUAAUUUGCAACAAGCCAAGGUUUCGAUUUGGUCCAACGGCGAUUGCAAGGGGGACGCGACCGCUGGUAGAUAUGUGACGGAAAACACUACCUGCAUCACUUCUGCUACUGGUGACAAGUUCACUUGCACGCCUGCUGAUGUCGGCGGCCCAGUUGUCAUCCUCCCAUCACCAGGGUCCUGGACCGUAGUCGGAAUCAACAGCUACACCAAGGAUUGUGCUACCAGUGGACUUAAAACCAGAGUGUCGGCAUACAGGGCAUGGAUUAACCAAUACAUGACCAUGGCUUAAACAUGUACCCAAAAGACGACGACGACCAACACGAAACGACCCAAUUGUGAAAUUCUUCAUUUUAGUUGUAAUAUCACUUUAGAAAUUUACUUGAAUUCGUUUUCGACUGACUAAUAUUGAUUAUUACAAGACAUGCUAAUUAGCGCACGAGUUCAUAUACAAGAAUGAAGAAAUUCUGAAUAAACAAGACUCCGCAAGUUAA